AUGGGGCUGGAUGAUCAAGUUCAGAAAAUGGAGAUGCGUAAGAAUUAUAGGAAUGUCUGGCACACCAAUCUUAUGAGCACUAUCGCUGCCGAUACUCCUUGUAAUCUUCUCUCUCUACCUCUUGGACCAUGUGUCUCAUACAUGCUGCGCAAACGAGCUCUUUACAAUGACAUGUCAAGGUAUGUCUGCUGUGCUGGCUAUCUUCCAUGUAGUGGGAAGUGUGGAGAAAGCAAAUGCCCUGAACUUUGCCUUUGCACUGAGGUCUUCUGCUGCUUCCCUAAUUCAGUUGCCUCAACUCGCUUCCUAUUGCAAGACGAGUUCAAUAUACAAACUACACAAUGCGACAACUGCAUUAUUGGAUUUAUGUUCUGUCUGCAGCAAUUGGCGUGUAUAUGUUCGUUAGUUGCUUGCAUAACUGGAAAUGAUGAAAUUGGAGACCUUGCCCAGUUGCUGAGCUGUUUGUCUGAUUUGGUCUAUUGCACGGUCUGCUCAUGUAUUCAGACCCAGCACAAGGUUGAAAUGGACAAGAGAGAUGGUAAGUUUGGGCCACAGCCUGCUAUGGCAGUUCCUCCAGUGCAGCAGAUGUCACGUAUUGAUCAGCCAAUUCCUCCAUACGCUGGCUACGCACCUCAACAAGCAUAUGGGCAGCCUUAUGGCUAUCCUCCACCCCCACAAGUUCAAGGUUACCCUCCUGCUGCCCAUCCACAACCUCAUGCUUAUCCUCCACCUGGCUACUCAAGGUGA